CGAAAGAAAGAUCAUUUGUAAUUGAAACGUUCAAGCACAAUGUCGAAAAAUAUAAUUCUGUAUGGAAUAGAUAUGAGCCCAUGUGUUCGGGCUGUCCAGCUGACACUGAAGGCACUGGAGCUGCCGUACGAGUACAAGGAGGUGGACCUGCAGAGCGGAGAACAUCUCAGAGAGGAGUUCCUGAAGAAGAACCCCCAGCACACAGUGCCAGUGCUGGAUGACGACGGAACCAUCAUCUGGGACUCCCAUGCUAUAGUCAUCUACCUCGUGGACAAGUAUGGAAAGUCCGAUGAGCUCUAUCCAAAGGACCUGGCCAAACGGGCCGCCAUCAACCAACGGCUGUUCUUCGAUGCCAGCGUCCUCUUUCCCUCCCUGGCCAAUGUCAGCGGGCCCUUCUGGGUGAACGGAGUGAAGGAGGUGCCGCAAGAGAAGCUCGACACCAUCCAUAGGGGUCUAAAGAUGGUGGAAACUUUCCUGGGCAGCAACAAUUACCUCGUGGGCGACUCGCUGACACUCGCCGACAUCUGCUGUGGACCCACGGUGACCUCACUGCCCGCAGCCGUGGAUAUCGAUCCUGCGGUGUAUCCCAAGGUGACUGCUUGGGUGGAGCGCCUCAACAGGUUGGCCUUCUUUGAGCAAAUCAACAGAGCCCCAGCAAAGAACUACUGCGACUUCCUCCGCAGCCAGUGGACCAAGCUGGGUGCAUAAAUGUGGAAAAUAAAUAAAACCCAACCGAGAA